AUGACCGUCCCACCUUUGUGCCAGGUUAGUGGUGGCGAAUUCGAACAUCUAAUCACCGUCGAUCGGCACCCGAACGGCGGUGCUUCCGUUGUCAUCGCCGACUUCCUCAAGCUAUCCUCCGUCCUCGAUGCAGAGGCGAUGCAACGGUUCGCGAAGACCUUUUUCGCAGUCGUCAUGGAAGAAGUCGAAGGUCGGCUCAUUCAUGUCAUGGGGAUUAUUCGCGGAGCUGCGAGCUCAAUGCCAGAUGUCCUCGGUCAUCUCGAGACCAAUUACCCUACGAUGAACGUUGCUUGCGGCAAUCUGACAAAUCCCCGAGCCGUCAGCAGCAUGACUAUGGCCUCUUAUGCCCAGCUGGUCAGAAGGACAUUCGUGGGAUCGACGUACCGUUGCGGACCAAUGAUGUCCAUUAGUUUGGUUGGUGUCAGACAGGAGGAAUGUGGGUCCUAUUGCAACGACUUGCUUGACAUGCUAGAAGCGAAUCCAUUGCUGAAGCCUCUUUUACCGUGGGGUGAAUUUUCUUCAGCGACGAUGAAGUCACGGCAGGAAAGCGAUUUUGGCCCUAUUCUGUGGAUUCGUCCGGGAGAACAAACGAUAUCGACGGAACAGCAGCCAUCUGCGAAACAGUCAAAGCCUGCGGACCAGGAUACCACGACUUUGGCUUACAGUACGCCUUUGAGACUGAGCAGCAGGCGAGAAGUACUGUUUGAAGACCGUACUCGUCCUCAUGCGGAUUUCGUCGGUGGUGGCAUUACUCGUGUGCCAGUGGCUGCCGUUGGUGUGUUAAAGGCGGUGUGCAACAAAAACAGAAACGGUCGAAUCGUAAAAGAAGCGGUGUGUUUCGACAGUGCCGACUUUGAAAAAUUGGUCAGUUUGCUGCAGCUAGAUAUCUACGAGCCGCCCAUAUCUCAGUGUCCUAAGUGGGUCAGCCUCGGGAAGCUGAACCAGCUGCGAAGAGAGGGUAUCCGCUAUUCGUGUUUCCAACUUUUGGAUAACGAUGUGUACGUGAUACCUCCAAAGGUUAUUCAUCAAUUUCGCACGCUGUCCGCAUGUUCUACUAUCGCUUGGCACAUUCCGACGGCCAGAGACCUGCCCUCCACCAACUCUCCUACUUAG